GUUAAAAUCUAUAAAGAAUUUAGUUCAUUUUAUUUCAUUGUGCGCUGUAUAUAGGACAUUUCAUUUAUCAGAAAUGUCCAAAUUAAUAGCCUUGAGCUUAAUGCUCAUAGCAUCAGUUGCAUGUGACCAUCCAGUAUCAAUAUUUAGAGAUUUCGAGGAGCUAGUGCUUCCUGAUGAUUCAGCAACUACGAGAAAUAAUGAACAGUACAGGCUACCACAAAACGUUCUACCCCUCGACUACGAUAUAUACAUAGAUUUAUACUUUGCUGAACGGACAGACAGACCUUUCAGUUAUGAUGGAAAGGAAUAUAUUAUAUUGCAGGCAAUAGAACAAAAUGUAACCCAAAUUGUUCUCCAUUCAAAUGUGGAUUCAAUAAAUGCAGUCAGCGUUCUAACAUCUUCCGGAUCGCCUGUACCAUUGAAUCCAUUACAACCAAUCAAGCUUGAGCCGCAGUAUCAUUUCUUGAAGAUUAAUCUGGCGCAGGCUUUGGCGGUAUACACAAAUUAUACACUUAUCAUAGAUUAUUCCAGUACAAUGAACGAAGGACCAAUGAAGCGUGGUAUCUGGAGAGGAUGGUAUAUUGAUGAGAACGGUAACGAAAGGAUCUACGCUACAACUCACUUCCAGCCAUACAAUGCUAGACAAGCCUUCCCUUGCUGGGACGAGCCUCUCUUCAAAGCGGUGUUCAAAAUCCACCUGUCAAAACCAACAAGCUAUUCGGGAACUUUCUCGAACACUCGUAUCCAAUCUACUGACAGUCUCGGAAGCCGCGCCCGUGACAAUUUCUACGCCACACCAGUAAUGUCUUCCUACCUGGUCACCUUCCUAGUCAGCGAGUCUUUCACCGUGAUCGCCCAGGAUACCUCCUUCAAUCCUCCUAUCAGAAUUAUCGGUAGAUCCAACACAGUGGGCUUGGCAGAGAUGGCAUUAAACAUGACCGUUCAAAUGACUAAAUACUUCGACGAAUACUUCGGUAUACCGUAUUCUGAUUUACAUCCUUACCUAUAUAACGAUCAUAUUUCGUCACCUGAUUGGGCGUCUGCCGGUACUGAAAACUGGGGCAUGGUUAGUUACAGAGAGUUAUAUAUGGUGUUGGAUCCGCGAGAGACGUUAAUGUCGAUAGAGCACUAUGCGGCGACGUUAAUCUCGCACGAGCUGGCACACAAAUGGUUCGGCAACCUCAUCACUUGCUACUGGUGGAGUAACACCUGGAUCAAUGAAGGUUUCGCCAGCUACUUCGGUUAUAUUGCAACUUAUGAGGUGUUCCCGCAAUACGAGCAUCAUGAACAUUUCAAUUCGCGAUACCUGCAGACAUCACUGGCUUUCGAUUCUGGAGUUUCCACUGUACCCAUGAACCAUGCAGUUAAUACUCCAGCUCAAGUGACAGGUCAUUUUGGCACAAUCAGCUAUUCGAAAGGUGCUGCUGUUCUCAGAAUGACGGCCAAUAUGAUUACUCCUGCGACAUUCAGAAAAGCUUGUCAAUACUUUUUGCGUAACAAUGCAUACAAGGCAACUAAUCAGUUCGAUCUAUAUGCCGCUUUCGCCCAAGCUGUUGAAGAGGAUGGAACUCUAAGAGAGUACCAAAACUUCAAUUUCACCGAAUACUACCGCGUUUGGGUCAAUGAACCCGGCUACCCACUUCUGACUGUUAACAUUAAUCACGAAACUGGAGAAAUGGGUCUCAGUCAAGAAAGGUUCCUAGGUACAUCGACAAGCAGCGGUCGAGUCUAUCCCAUACCAAUUUCUUACUCAACUAACUCGAACCGCAACUUCAAUAACCUAAAACCUGUCUAUAUGAUGACUUCUGAACGAGCUGUUCUUACGAAAUCUAAAGUGGAAGAAUGGGUUAUAUUUAAUAACUUACAACAUGGACAUUACAGAGUGACGUACGAUGAUAAGUCCUGGAAUUUAAUUGGUGAUGCCUUAUUCAAUGAUCCUAAUACUAUACAUUAUUUGAAUAGAGCACAGGUAGUUGAUGACGUUUUUGCUUUAAUGCGUGCGGAAAGAAUGACCUUUAACUUUGGCUUCAACAUAUUGAGGUUCCUUCGCAAUGAUGCUAACUACCAUGUCUGGAACCCGGCUAUCAGCGGAUUCACUUGGCUCCGAAAUAGACUGCGACAUUUGCCUGAACAGCAGGCCAAAUUUGAUGCUUUCAUUCUGAGUCAAAUGGAGCACGUGAUUGAAACUGUAGGUUUCGAACCCAGUAACGAAGGCCCCACUACGAGUCUCACUCGACAGGAAGUACUCCAUUUUGCCUGCACACUGGGACACGAGAAAUGUGUGAAGGAAUCACGAGAUAGAUUUAUCACGCUCAAGAAUGGAAAUUGGGUGGAUGCAAGAAUCCGUCGUAAUGUGUACGUGACUGGUAUCAGAGAAGGCGAUCAGAGUGACUUCGAGUUCCUGCUCGGGCGCAUGACUCAGUCCAACUACGCGAACGACCAGCUCGAGAUGCUAAGAGGUCUAGGUGCGGCGCGCAGCCCUGAACUUAUUACACGAUAUCUUCAGCUGACAUUGACAAAGGCAGUUCGCUCCCAUGACAAAGCCAACUCCUUCAACUACGCUCUGCUGGGCAAUCAGGGCAAUGCCUACCAUGUGCUGCAGUUUGUCAAAGACAAUAUUGAUGCCAUGAGAGUAGCGUACAUUGAAGACGCUCCCCCAACACCGGUACACACAUGUAUGGUCAAUCUUGCCUCAUACCUAGAUAAUGCUGGAUUGGAUGAGUACGAAGCUUGGCUUCGCAGUACCCAAUUCGGUUCCCUUCAGUACGAUAGGACACUGUCUGCGAUUACAUCAGCGAGGAACAACAUUAUUUGGGGUAAUAGCAACGUUGAAGCUAUACUGGAGGCUGCUAGAGGUGGUGCUGUACAUUUCGUUAUAUCAACCGUAUUAUUGGUCACUAUGCUGAUGAUUACUUUAAUCGUUUGAGUUACAUAAUUGUUAUAUUUAAAUAAUAAAAUGACUGAAUUGUU